AUGCGAAGGUUGGGGGAAGGGAUAGAAGAGAGAAGCAACUUUAUCAUGUAUCACAAAGGCGAAAUCGCCGGUCAAAGAGGAGUAGGAUUUUUGGUAAAGCUAAACCUCAAAAGCCAGAUCAUUGGAUUUGAAGGGAUAUCAGAUAGAAUAGCCGCGAUUCAUAUAAAUUUACAAAAUCCUACGAAAAAAUGGACAGUAAUCCAAGUCUACUCGCCGACAGAAAAAGCAUCAAAAAAGGACAUUGACAAUUUCUACUAUAAACUACGUGAAGUUACUGAAAAAUAUUCGGCAAACAAUAUAGUAGUCAUGGGUGAUUUCAAUGCUCAAGUCGGUGCUAAACUAGCUGGGGAAGAACAUAUAAUAGGGAAAUACGGAAGUGGGAAGAGAAGCAAAAACGGAGAGAUGUUGGUAGAAUUCCUGCUUGAGAAAAACUUAACACUUCUAAAUUCCAUGUUCCGCAAAAAGCCCAAAAACAAAUGGACUUGGAUAUCUCCAGAUGGAAAGACCAGAAACGAAAUUGAUUACAUAAUAACCAAUAAAGUUAGGUGUUUUAGUGAUACGGGAAUAGUACAAAACCUAAACUUCAAUACAAAUCAUCGUAUGGUACGCAGCUGUCUAAAUGAAAAUGCAACAAAAAAACCAAGACCAAAAGCAAUUCAAAUGAACUUCUUACAAGCAAUUAGAGAAAAGAGUAACCCAAACGAUACCACAGAAGACCUAAUGGAAGUAGUUACCUCAGACAUGGACCUAAACAAAAAAUAUAAAAUAAUAGAAAACAAACUCAGGGAACAGGCAAGAAUACAAAUAAACAAAAGUCUAAAGUCCCAUCAUAGCGAAAAAACUUUAAAACUUAUUGAAGACAGAAGAAAUCUAAAAAUGGAAAAGGAUAAGAAAGAAAACCAAAAAGAAAUCAACAACCUUAGUAAACAGAUUCGCAAAAGCAUGAGGAAGGACAGGAAAUAUAGAAGGAUCCAAACCCUAGAGAAUCACAUUGGCAGAACGGGGGGCACGAGGAAAGCGCUCAAGGAACUCCGAGAACAGGGAAAAGAAUGGAUACCAAAGUUAACAGAUAAAAAUAUGUCAUCCACUUCUCGCAGGAAAAUCCAAAAUAUAGCAACAAACUACUACCGCUUACUGUACAAAGAACACAGUGCAAAUCAGCCAAAAAUACAAUUGCCGGAUAGAGAAUCUAAUAGUACACAAAACUGUAUGAUGGAGGACGCAGAAGUUAUACCUGAAAUAUUAGUAUCGGAAGUGGAAAAAUCUAUAAAAAGUCAAAAAAUGGAAAAAGCCUCCGGUCCAGAUGAAAUCACAAACGAACUCAUGAGAGGGACAAUUAAAGACCUAAGCCCAAUACUAACAAAGCUCUUCAACGAGAGUCUAUAUACCGGCAGCAUUCCAACCCAAUGGGCAGAAUCUCAUAUAAUACUUCUACACAAGAAAGGUCCAAAAGACGACAUAGGAAACUAUAGACCCAUUUCUCUCAUUUCAAAUGUAUAUAAAGUUUUCGCUAAAGUGAUUCUGGACAGAAUAUCAGUCACACUUGACGAAAAUCAACCUGUGGAACAGGCAGGGUUUAGAAAAGACUUCAAUACAAUUGAUCAUAUACAUGCAAUCAAACAGCUCAUACAAAAGUACAAUGAAUAUAACAAAACCAUUUACCUGGCCUUUAUAGAUUAUUCCAAGGCUUUCGAUAGCCUUAAACAUGAAUCUGUGUGGCAAAGUCUUAAAGAGCAGGGGAUUCAAAACGCCUACAUUAAUAUCAUCAGAAAUAUUUACUGUGAAAGCAAAGCUAGAAUCAGGCUAGAAUCUACAGGGGAUGUUUUUCCGAUUAAUAGGGGCGUCAGACAAGGUGACCCACUCUCACCAAAGCUCUUUUCAGCAGUGCUUGAACAAAUGUUCAGAAAAAUGGAAUGGGGACAUCUGGGGCUAAACAUAAACGGAGCACGAUUAAAUCAUCUAAGAUUUGCAGACGACCUGUUUAUAUUGGAAGAGGACCCACUGACACUGCAAUCCAUGAUACAAACCCUAGUAGACAGAAGCAGAGAAGUAGGACUAGAAACUAACACAAGCAAAACUAAAAUGAUGACCAACUCAAUACCUAUAGACAUAACCAUAAACGGACAGAAACUUGAAUAUGUAGAGGAAUACGUGUAUCUAGGCCAGAUAAUAUCGAUAACAGACCAAAUGUCCAAAGAAAUAGACAAAAGAAUUGCGACUGGGUGGAAAAAGUAUUGGGCAUUGAAAGAAAUCAUGAAAAGCAAAGAACUGGGCAUGAAGAUCAAGAAGAAGACUUUUGACACCUGUAUCCUACCAUGCAUUACAUACGGCUGUGAAACCUGGGCUUUGACGAAACGUCAUAGGGACAAAUUAGCAAGAUGUCAGAGAAGCAUGGAAAGAAGUAUGCUAGGUUUGAAACUAAUAGACAAAGUUACAAGCAAAGACAUCAGGCGCCAAACAAAACUAACUGACAUACUAUCACGUAUUGAUCAACUCAAAUGGAGAUGGACUGGACAUAUGCUCCGCUGCAAGAAGGAAAAGUGGAGCAAACAGGUGACAGUCUGGUACCCAAGGGAUGGCACUAGGAGCCGAGGUCGUAAAGCAAUAAGAUGGGAGGAUGACCUAAAAAUGACCUUAGGACCACUUUGGAUGAGAGUAGCGGCAGACAGAAUGCAAUGGAGAGACUUGGAGGAGGCCUUUGCCGUAAGGCAAACCGAACCAAGAGACAUCUUAUAA